CAGCCGCCGCCUUCCGCAGGCCGUUUCCACCAAGGAAAAGGGAUCGUAUCGUAUGUCCACUAUCCAGAACCUCCACUCUUUCUACCCCUUUGCUGAUGCAAGUAAGGGUGAUGAUCUGCUUCCUGCUGGCACUGAGGAUUAUAUCCAUAUAAGAAUUCAGCAGAAAAACGGCAGGAAGACCCUUACUACUGUCCAAGGGAUCACUCAUGGUUACAAUAAAAAGAAAUUAGCGAAGGCAUUUAAGAAGAAAUUUGCCUGCAAUGGUACUGUAAUUGAGCAUUCAGAAUAUGGAGAAGUAAUUCAGCUACAGGGUGACCAGCGCAAGAACAUCAAGAACAUAUGCCAGUUCCUCGUAGAGACUACACUGGGUAAGGACGAUCAGCUGAAGGUUCAUGGGUUUUAA